UGGAACACAGAAACUUUUUCCUGCGAGAGAGACCUACAGGCUACGGCGUCGCCCAGCCGGCCAGCGUAUCGUGCCACCGCCCCGCCACGGCCAGCGCCGCCGCCUACGCCUUCUUGGUCGCGGCCUCACGCCGACGAGGUCAACCUCCAUUUGGUCCUCCUCUCGUCGUCAUCCUCCUGCUGCUCCCUCUGGACCCGGCCCUCGGCCUUGGCCGCGGCUGCGUGCGGUGCGACACCGACGCUGAUGGCUGUCGCGAGGGCGGGCCGCCGUCGUAGUCCUCGGCGUCGUCCACGGGGCCCGCUGCGCCGGGUUCCUCCUCCCAUGGUGCUGGCGACUCUGGCGGUGAGUCCUACUCCUCGACGGCCGCCUCGAACGGAUCCUUCAUGGAAAACGCGCGCGUGGUGGCGGUGGAUGCACGAGAGGCCGAGGAACGGAUGCAGAGAAGAUUGGAUCUGACGAGCUGGGUCGGCAAGCUAGAUGGGUCUUGAUAUUAUAACUACUCUGUUUUUUCAGAAAGAAGAUACACUUCCUCUGAUUUUUCAGAAAGAAGAUACACAGAUCAUACCUUUUUUUGGUGGAUCAGAAAUUGUGCAUAUGCGUGUCAUGGUUCUGCUGCUCCUGCCAUUGCUUGCCCAACUGCAAAAGGUCAUGCUGCUUGGAUUGCUCCUGUUGCUCAUGCCCAGACGUGCCAUGCUGCAAGCCCAGCAUGCAACAAACCAUGCUUUGGGUCCAACAGUUGUUCAUGAUGCAAGCCAGAUUGCCCAUCCUGUAGUUCGAGCAGCAGCUCGUGCUGCAAUCAGUCAUAUUGCAACCCAAACUGCAGCUGCAAUCCACCACGCCGUAAACCAAACUGUAGCUCUUACUACAAUAUGUCAUGCUGCAAACCGAACUACAGCUCAUGUUGUAAACCGAACCGAGCUGCUUCAUGGCCCUCGCCACGUUCUAAUUGCUGGCGCCUAGAUAUCUAUUUAUAGAUCCAUUUUUUUCUCCAUCACAAACGUCAAAUUCAAUUUUUUAUUGAAAUCUAUCAAUGUCUUCAAUACCUUGUUGACAAACAAGUUUACAAUCAGCUACAUGUCAUAUAUUAAUUAUUAUGCUUA